AUGGUACUGAAACUGAGAAAGCAUAGCACCCUCAAUACCAGCAAGAAGUGCUCCAAGAUUAUUGAAAUAAUCAAAAGGGACAAUCAAAGAUCUGUCUUUGAUUCAUUAUGGUUAAGGGUGUUGUCUGCUGUUAUCCGUAAAGUGAAAGAUCCUGCAAAAGGUCUGUUUCCUGCCAUUCUCAAUCUGGCCAGCAAUGCUCACAUCAGUGCCAAUGCCACCUGUGGGGAGAAAGGGCCUGAGAUGUACUGCAAACUUGUGGAGCACGUGCCUGGCCGGCCAGUGCGGAAUGCCCAGUGCCGGGUCUGUGACAGCAACAGCACCAACCCCAGAGAAAGCCACCCAAUAGCACAUGCAAUAGAUGGCACCAAUAACUGGUGGCAAAGUCCCAGUAUUCAAAAUGGGAGAGAAUACCACUGGGUUACCAUCACUCUGGACUUACGACAGGUCUUUCAAGUCGCAUAUGUCAUCGUUAAAGCAGCCAAUGCUCCCCGCCCGGGAAACUGGAUUUUGGAGCGUUCUGUGGAUGGCAUCACGUUCAGCCCCUGGCAGUACUACGCAGUCAGCGACUCUGAGUGCUUGACCCGCUACAACAUAAUUCCCAGACGAGGGCCACCCACUUACAGAGCAGAUGAUGAAGUGAUUUGCACCUCCUAUUAUUCCAGACUGGUCCCACUGGAGCACGGGGAGAUUCAUACAUCCCUCAUCAAUGGCAGACCGAGCGCUGACGACCUCUCUCCCAAACUGCUGGAGUUCACCUCUGCACGAUACAUCCGCCUGCGCUUACAGCGCAUCCGGACGCUCAACGCCGAUCUCAUGACCCUCAGCCACCGGGACCCCAGAGACCUCGAUCCGAUUGUCACAAGAAGGUAUUACUACUCAAUAAAAGACAUAUCUGUUGGAGGGAUGUGUAUUUGCUAUGGCCAUGCUAGUAGCUGCCCCUGGGAUGAAACUGCAAAGCAACUACGAUGCCAAUGUGAGCAUAAUACAUGUGGGGAGAGCUGUGACCGGUGCUGCCCUGGGUACCAUCAGCAGCCCUGGAGGCCUGGCACUAUUUCUUCUGGUAACACUUGUGAAGAAUGUAAUUGUCAUAAUAAAGCCAAAGACUGCUACUAUGAUGAGAAUAUUGCAAAGCAGAAGAGGAGUUUGAACACUUCCGGGAAGUUCGAGGGAGGAGGUGUUUGCAUUGAUUGCCAGCAGAACACCACGGGCAUCAACUGUGAGACGUGCAUCGAUGGAUACUACCGGCCACACAAAAUAUCUCCUUAUGAGAAUGAGCCCUGCCGUCCUUGUGACUGUCACCCUGUGGGGUCCCUCAGCUCUGUUUGCAUCAAAGAUGAUCUCCAUUCUGACAUACACAGUGGGAAAUGGCCAGGCCAGUGCCCUUGUAAGGAAGGCUAUGCAGGAGAGAAAUGUGAUCGCUGCCAGUUUGGCUAUCGGGGUUUCCCCAACUGUGUCCGCUGCGAGUGCAAUCUGGCUGGCAGUGUGAAUGAUGACCCGUGCACAGAGCCGUGUCUGUGUAAGGAAAAUGUUGAGGGGGAAACCUGCGAUCGCUGUAAGCCAGGAUUCUAUAACUUGAAGGAAGGAGACCCCCAGGGCUGCACCGAGUGCUUCUGCUUCGGCGUCUCUGAUGUCUGUGACAGCCUUUCUUGGUCCUUUGGUCAGGUGAGCAAUAUGUCGGGGUGGUUGAUCACAGAUUUGAUCAGUCCACAUAAGAUCCAGUCUCAACAGGAUGAGCUGGGUGGACGACAGCAGAUAAGCAUCAAUAACACUGCAGUCAUGAAGAGACUGGCUCCCAAGUAUUAUUGGUCAGCCCCUGAGACCUAUCUUGGAAAUAAGCUGACUGCCUAUGGUGGCUUCCUGAAAUACACAGUUUCCUACGACAUUCCAGCGGAUACAGUAGAUGAUGACCUCAUGUCUCAUGCUGACAUCAUCAUUAAGGGAAAUGGACUCACUCUAAGUACACAGGCUGAGGGCCUCUCAUUGCAACCCUAUGAAGAGUAUUUCAACGUGGUUAGACUUGUGCCUGAGAACUUCCGAGACUUUAAUAACAGAAAAGAGAUUGAUCGCGACCAGCUCAUGACCGUCCUUGCCAAUGUGACACAUCUCUUGAUUAGAGCCAACUACAAUUCUGCAAAAAUGGCUCUUUACAGGUUGAAUUCUGUCUCUUUGGACACAGCAAACCAGAAUGCUAUAGACUUGGCAACAGCCACCGAUGUGGAGCACUGUGAAUGUCCCCAAGGCUACAUGGGCACGUCCUGUGAGACCUGCAUCCCUGGCUACUAUCGUGUGGAUGGAAUACUCUUUGGAGGAAUCUGUCAGCCAUGUGAAUGCCAUGGCCAUGCAUCUGAAUGUGACAUUCAUGGAGUUUGCUUUGCUUGUGCACACAACACCACUGGAGACCAGUGUGAGCAGUGCCUGCCAGGCUUCUAUGGGGUGCCUUCAAGAGGAACUGCUGAGGACUGCCAGCCGUGUGCCUGCCCGCUUUCCACAGCCUCCAACAAUUUCAGCCCCACCUGCCACCUCACCAAUGAAGAUGAAGUGCUCUGUGACCAGUGUGCCCCAGGCUACUCGGGAACUUGGUGUGAGAGAUGUGCAGACGGUUACUAUGGAAACCCAACAGUGCCCGGGGAAACUUGUGUGCCCUGCGACUGCAAUGGCAAUGUGGACCUCUCUGAGGCUGGUCACUGUGACUCGGUCACUGGGGAAUGCCUGAAGUGUUUGGGAAACACGGACGGUGCCCACUGUGAAAGGUGUGCAGAUGGGUUCUACGGAGAUGCCGUGACUGCCAAAAAUUGUCGUGCCUGUGACUGCCAUGAAAACGGCUCCCUUUCUGGUGUGUGCAACAUUGACACUGGACUGUGUGACUGCAAAGCUCACGUGACUGGACAGCAGUGUGACCAGUGCCUGCCUGGCUAUUAUGGGUUGGACUCGGGGCAUGGCUGCCAGCCCUGUAACUGCAGUGUGACGGGCUCUAUGUCAGAUGAUUGCACGGAUGAAGGUCAAUGUCACUGUGUACCAGGUGUAGCUGGGAAAAAGUGUGACAGGUGUUCCCAUGGCUUCUUUGGCUACCAGGAUGGUCGCUGUACACCCUGUGACUGCGCUCAUACUCACCAUACCUGCGAUCCUGAAUCUGGAAAAUGCCUGUGCCCUCCUCAUACCCGGGGUCCCAAAUGUGAGGAGUGUGAGGAUGGGUACUGGGGCCUGGACGUGGAAAGAGGAUGCCAGGCAUGCAAUUGCAGCCAUGAGGGCUCCACCAGUUCCCAGUGCAAUGUGCUGUCUGGCCAGUGCCACUGCAAGCCUGAGUUUGAUGGACACAACUGUGAUCAGUGCUCCUUGGGCUACAGAGACUUUCCUGACUGUAUUUCCUGUAACUGCGACCUGAGGGGCACACAGGCUGACACCUGCGACCCAGAACAGGGUCUCUGCAGCUGUGCAGAGAAAACAGGUGCCUGCACCUGCAAGGACAAUGUCUUUGGCCUCCAGUGCAGUGAAUGUCGAGCAGGCACCUUCGGCCUGCAUGCUGACGACCCCCUGGGAUGCACCCCCUGCUUCUGCUUUGGAUUGUCACAGCUCUGCUCGGAGUUGGAGGGCUACGUGAGGACCCCAGUAACGCUGGCCUCCGAUCAGCCUCUUCUGCGUGUGGUAUCACAGAGUGAUCUGUGGGGCACAACCAAGGGUGUGCAUUUCCAGGCCCCUGAUGUCUUGCUGGAUGCCGUGACUGUCCGUCAGCAUGUCCACUCAGAGCCAUUCUACUGGCGACUGCCAAAGCACUUCCAAGGAGACCAGCUCCUGGCCUAUGGAGGCAAAUUGCGGUACAGUGUGGCCUUCUACUCUUCGACUGGUACGGGCACCUCCAAUUAUGAGCCUCAAGUUCUCAUCAAAGGAGGCCGGGCCCGGAAGCACGUCAUCUACAUGGACGAGCCAGCCCCAGAGAAUGGAGUGCGGCAAGACCGAGUGGUGGCCAUGCACGAGAAUUUUUGGAAAUAUUUUAACUCUGUUUCUGAAAAGCCUGUCACCCGCUCAGACUUCAUGUCUGUUCUCAGCAAUAUUGAGUACAUCCUCAUCAAGGCAUCCUACGGGCAUGGACUGCAGCAAAGCAGAAUCUCAAAUAUUUCAAUGGAGGUUGGCAGAAAGGCUGGGGAUCUACAUCCCAGGGGGGAGUCAGCCUCUCGAUUAGAGAGCUGCAUCUGUCCUCCAGGCACCACUGGAUUCUCAUGCCAGGACUGUGCCCCUGGGUACCACAGAGGGAAGCUUCCAGAAGAUGGUGGCAGAGGACCUCCCCCUCUGCUUGCUCCCUGUGUGCCCUGCAGCUGCAACAACCACAGUGACUCCUGUGACCCAGAAACUGGGAAGUGUCUGAACUGCCGUGCUAACACAGCUGGUGACCACUGUGAUGUGUGUGCCCCUGGCUACUAUGGGACAGUAACAGGCUCCCCACAGGACUGCUCUCCAUGUGCCUGUCCUCACCACCCCCCUGCCAGUUUCAGUCCCACCUGUGUGCCGGAGGGUGCUGGUGGCUUCCGUUGUGAUGCCUGUGUCCCAGGCCACGAAGGACAAUUCUGUGAAAGGUGCUCCACAGGCUACCAUGGCAACCCUCAAGUGCCGGGCGGCAGCUGUCAGAAGUGUGACUGCAACCCACACGGCUCCAUUCACAGUGACUGUGACCGUACAUCCGGCCAGUGUGUCUGCAAACCAGGGGCCGCUGGGCUCCGAUGUGAGGAAUGCCAGCCGAGGCACAUGCUGGUGGAGAGCCACUGUGUUUCUUGUGAUGAUGAGUGUAUAGGUGUGCUGCUGAAUGACUUGGAUAAUGUUGGUGAUGCCAUUCUCUCUGUGAACCUCACUGGCAUUUUCCCUGCUCCAUAUGGAAUUUUAUCAGACCUGGAAAACAAGACUCGGUAUUUCCAGGAGUCCUUAUUUAAAAAAUACACUCAAAAGAAUCAGACAGAAAUCCAGCUUGAUGGUGUUGUAGAAGAGAUAGACAACCUACAAAAGGAGCUCACUAGAGUGUUGACAAGCAGCGAGCAGGUGAACAUGGCAACAGAGAGAAUCCUCAAUGAGAGUCAAGAUUUGGCCACAUCCAUUGAGCUGCUGCUGAGAAACAGCAAAGAAAUCCUUGAAAAGGCAGCAACUUUAAACCAGACUAUGGAUGGAGAUUUCCAGCCACCCAGUUCUAUUCUUCAAAAUCUGCAACAGAAUAUUUCAUCUUUGCUGGAAGGGAUUCGGAAAAGGAGUUUCACUCAGUUGCUUGAAAAUGUUACCCAUGAACUCAAGGCUGCUGAAGACUUACUGUCACAAAUUCAGAAAAAUUUCCAGAAGCCACAGAAACAGUUGGAAGUGUUAAUGCAAACAGCCAGCCGCCUCCUUUCGAAGCACAGCAGUGAACUGCAGGCUGUGGAUGAGCUUCUGAGGGAAGCAGAGACCAAGACCCAGGAGAGCAACCGCCUGCUGCACAUCGUCAAGGCCAACCUGGGAAAAUUCAGUAACGAAAAGCUGCGUGUUCAAGAAGAGCAAAAUGUGACCUCAGAAUUGGUUGUCGAAGGAAGAGGGCUGGUGGAUGCAGCCACUACACAGGCAGAUACUACAAAAAAUCUUCUAGCUGAGCUGGAGCAGCACUGGAACGAGGUCCUCCUGUGGACUGCCAAAAUCAGGCACCAUGUAGACAAUCUGGUCAUGCAGAUGUCAAAAAGGAAAGCAAUUGACCUUGUGCACAGAGCUGAAUAUCAUGCCACUGAGCUCCAAAGUCUAGCAGGUGCUCUGGACAGUGCCCUUGAAAACGUCAGAGAUGUAUCCCUGAAUGCAACCAGUGCAGCCCAUGUGUAUUCCAACAUUCAGAAUCUGCUGGAACAAUCAGAGAAACUAGCCAAAGAUGCGCAUAACACUGGGAAUAAAACCAGCCAGGUUGCAGAAUCUCUUGCUUCUCGCAGCAAAGCGGCUCUGCAGCGCAGUUCCAGGUUUCUAAAGGAAAGCAACAGCCUUAGUGGAAAGCAGCAAGGUGUUACAUUGGGGCUGAGUGAAAUGAAAAAUAUGACAAACCGAUUUCAAGAGACUACAGAUAAAAUUGCCAGGCAGACCAAUGCAUCUCUCUUGAUACUUAGAGCAAUUCCUGAAGACCUGAGAGACAAAAGAAGCAAAACAGAAGAGUUGGCCUCAUCUGCCAACCACAGUGCAGGGACAACAUUACAGGAAGUGCUGAAACUGAGCCGGAAGCUGUUUGCCACCUCCACUGACCUGUCCAGAGUGAACCUGACAUUACAAGAGACAAAGGAACUCCUGCAGGACUCCUCCAUGACUACUCUGCUAGCUGGAAGGAAAGUUAAAGACAUGGAAACACAAGCCAACCUUCUGUGGAAUCGGUUAAAGCCUUUGAAGACUUUAGAAGAGAACCUGAGUAGAAACCUAUCAGAAAUUAAAUUGCUAAUCAGCCAGGCCCGGAAACAGGCAGCUUCAAUCAAAGUUGCGGUGGCUGCAGAUCGAGACUGUAUCCGGGCCUACCAGCCUCAGAUUUCUUCUACCAACUAUAACAACUUGACCCUGAAUGUUAAGACGCAGGAACCUGACAAUCUUCUCUUCUACCUUGGCAGCAGCAGCGGUUCUGACUUCUUGGCAGUGGAGAUGCGGCGGGGGAAAGUAGCCUUCCUCUGGGAUCUGGGCUCUGGAUCCACAAGGUUGGAAUUCCCGGAUGUCCUCAUCAAUGACGACAGGUGGUACAGCAUCCACAUAACCAGGUUUGGAAACCUUGGAUCACUGAGUGUAAAGGAAAUGAGCUCAACUCAAAACCCACCAAUGAAAACCAGCAAAUCCCCGGGGACGGCUAAUGUUCUAGACAUAAAUAAUUCAACGCGGAUGUUUGUUGGAGGACUCGGAGGGCAAAUCAAGAAAUCUUCUGCUGUGAAGGUCACUCAUUUUAAAGGCUGCAUGGGAGAGGCCUUCCUGAAUGGCAAGUCCAUCGGCCUGUGGAAUUACAUCGAAAGAGAAGGAACGUGCCAUGGCUGCUUCGGAAGUUCCCAGAAUGAAGAUGGCUCCUUCCACUUUGAUGGGAAUGGAUAUUCUGUCGUGGAGAAGACGCUCCGCACCACUGUGACCCAGAUAGUCAUGCUCUUUAGUACCUUCUCACCCAAUGGACUGCUUCUUUACCUGGCUUCCAAUGGCACCAAAGACUUCUUGUCCAUCGAGCUGGUCCACGGCAGAGUUAAAGUUAUGGUUGACCUGGGUUCAGGACCUCUCACUCUCAUUACAGACAGACGGUAUAACAAUGGAACCUGGUACAGAAUUGCCUUCCAGAGAAACCGAAAGCAAGGACUGCUAUCUGUUUUUGAUACCUAUGACUCUAGUGACAAAGAGACCAAGCAAGGUGAAACUCCAGGAGCAUCUUCAGAUCUCAAUCGACUAGAAAAGGAUCUGAUUUAUGUGGGUGGAUUACCUCGGUCAAGACUGGUAAGGAAGGGUGUCACCAGCCAAAGCUAUGUAGGCUGUAUCAAGAACCUGGAAAUAGGAAGGUCGUCGUUUGAUUUGCUCCGCAGUUCCUAUGGAGUAAGGAAAGGCUGUGUGCUGGAGCCGAUUCGAAGUGUCAGCUUCCUGAGAGGUGGCUACAUUGAGUUGCCACCCAAGCCUUUAUCACCAGAAUCAGAGUUUCUGGUCACAUUUGCCACCAAGAACAGCAGCGGCAUCAUCCUGGCGGCUCUGGGCAAGGAUGUCGAGGGGCUGCUAAGGCCAUGGGUGAGUAGCCACUGUCCCUUCUAUGCCAUCCUGCUAAAUGAAGGCCACGUUGAAGUACACAUCAGCCUUGGGAAUGGAGGCAGCCUGAGGAAGGCCCUGCUGCACGCGCCCAGGGGCUCGCUGGACGACGGGGAAGAACACUCUAUCUCCUUGGUUCGGAAUCGGAGAAUUAUCACUGUGCAAUUAGAUGAGAACAACCCAGUAGAAAUCCGGCUGGGCUCCCUAGUAGAAAACAGGACACUGAAUAUGUCACACAUGUACGUAGGAGGCCUUCCUGAGGGCGAGGAUACAUCCGUAUUCAAAAUGCGGCGCUCAUUCCAUGGCUGUAUCAAAAACCUGGUUUUUGAUCUGGAACUUGUGGAUUUCACCCGUGCAAAGGACUAUGAGACAGCAAACCUGGGCACCUGCUUGCUUAUAGAAAGGCCCAGGUCAGCCCUUCAUGGAGAGGAUAAUGAGGUCCCACCAGAGCCCCCAACUUUACCACAACCUAGCCAGUGUGCGGCGGACGUAACUUCAGGCUACGUUUCUGGUGCUCACCAGUUUGGCCUCUCACAGAGCAGCCAUUUGGUGUUGCCUUUCAACCAGUCAGCUGUGAGAAAGAGGCUCCUGGUUCAGCUGAGCAUCCGAACGUUUGCCUCUAGUGGUCUCAUCUACCACCUGGCUCAUCAGAACCAAGCAGACUAUGCCACACUGCAAAUCCAUGCUGGCCGCCUCCAUUUCAUGUUUGACCUUGGCAAAGGCCGAACCAGGGUCUCUCACCCUGCGCUGCUCAAUGAUGGCAAGUGGCACACGGUCAAGACCGAGUACUCUAAGAGAAAAGGCUUCUUGACGGUGGAUGGCCAGGAGGCCCCUGCAGUGAGCAUUGUGGGAGAUGGGACCAUGCUGGAUGUGGAAGGAAAGCUGCGCCUGGGAGGCCUCCCUGCUCAGUACAGAGCCAGGAACAUUGGGAACAUCACCCACAGCAUUCCUGCCUGCAUCGGGGAAGUGACCGUUAAUGGCAAGCCUCUGGACAAGGAGAACCCGGAGUCUGCCUUUGCAGUGGGCAGGUGCCAUGAGGUGGCCCAGGAAGGGACUUUCUUUGAAGGAAGUGGCUAUGCAGCUCUUGUUGAAGAAGGCUACAGAGUCCGAUCAGAUUUAAACAUCACAUUCGAGUUCCGUACUGCUUCCGAGAAUGGCGUUCUCCUGGGGAUCAGCAGUGCGAAGGUGGAUGCCAUCGGCCUGGAGAUUGUAGAUGGCAAGCUGUUGUUUCAUGUCAACAAUGGUGCGGGAAGGAUUACAGCCACCUACAAACCGAAAGCUGGCAGGACUCUCUGUGAUGGGAAAUGGCACAUGCUUCAGGCCAACAAAAGCAAGCACCGAAUCAUGCUGAUUGUCGAUGGGGAAGCUGUUGGUGCAGAAAGUCCUCACACCCAGUCCACCUCUGCAGACACCCACAACCCCAUUUACGUGGGUGGCUACCCAGCUAAUGUCAAGCAAAAUUGCCUGAGCAGCCGGGCCUCAUUCCGGGGCUGUCUGAGGAAGCUCACUCUGACCAAGGGCCCCCAGGUGCAGACCUAUGACUUCAGCAGAGCCUUUGACCAACAUGGAGUUUUCCCUCAUUCCUGUCCUGGGCCCGAGCCCUGAACUUGUGGCCGUACCAUUACUUGAAACCAUUGCUAAUGGUCUGAGGAGAAAUAUUUGUGUGAAUUCAAAUCUCUUCCAUUCAUAUUUCAUUUCUGACUCAGGUUGUUUCCAGAAAUGUUGUGUUUAGGUUAAAACCACAUGUACAACAGAUACCUCUAUUAAACAGUCUAAAGUGUAAAUUGAAUUCAUUGGUUCUCAU